AUCCACAUCUUAUCCAACGACAAACGAGUUCGACAGUCGUGUGUGAUAUAUGCCUUAGGAAAGUUUCUCGAAGAAGGUAGAUCGACAGUACCUUUGGAACUUUCUUGUCCAAAUUGUCCCAGGAACGAUCAGCCGGUAUCUUUAUUGGUAACAGUUCGAUUUUUCGGCAUGGACUCGGAGGAAUACGGCAACGAAUUGUCGAGAAACGAGUCAGAAAAUGAUAGCACUAAUGAAGAAUGCGCUCAUUCGCCUAUAUUGUUGGAUCUAGAUAAAAAUUCUAAGCAACAGCAAGAAAUUUUAAGUCAAGAAGAAAGCUCACCGUCUAAGAUUCCCAACGUCGAUCAAUAUUUGCAGAAUCAAUUAAUAAGACAUGGGUCAGAAAAUACAAAUAUAUCUCGACGACACUUUGUGAGAAGAUCAUGGCAGGAUGAAAACUUCGAAGAUCGUCAACAAAAUAACGAUCGAGUAUUUGUGAUAAGAGUUCCCGAACCGGAAGUGAUAAACACUCAUCCUCAUUUAGAAAUUCUUCAUGAAACCAACAUAAAAUCGAUCCAAAGAGAACCAUCGCAAACUGAGAAAGUUUUAUUCUCAGAUUACAAAAAAUCAGCUUGCGAUCGUGAACGGACAAGAAUGCGUGACAUGAAUCGUGCUUUCGAACUUCUACGAUCGAAGCUUCCGAUUUGUAAACCACCCGGCAAAAAGCUUUCGAAGAUCGAAUCACUUAGGCAUGCGAUUACGUACAUACGACACCUCCAAAGUCUUUUAGAACCACAAUACAGUUACCCUCCAAGCGUAUCUGAGAGGAGUUACUAUGCUAAUAGUGCACCAAUUACUACAAAUACUUCUUUGGAUAUGCAACAUACACCUCGAUGGGAAUCGUUAGCUUAUUGUCGUUACGAUUAUCACGCACCGUUCGUUAAUCCCUCGCUGUCAACGUUAUCUUCAUCUAUUCACCCUCGAGUACAACCGGAACAAAAUGAUCGACAAUUUUUUUAUGAAGCACGACAUUAAUACACUCGCAAUGAAAUUACCAUUGAUCUUCCUAAGAUCUUUCAGGCAGAAAUGACGUACGAAUUCAAUCUCUACAACAAGAAAUGGAUAUUUGAUUAAAAGUAAUUAGUAAACCAUAAUUACCGUAUUAAAUACUUUAUGUGCCCGGUAUGAAGUUUGUAGUACGGUCUUUAUAGGAGAGGGAAUGAAAUACGCUUAUUUAAUGCAUCUCUACAGAAGACCUUUGCAUAGAUUAUUGUAUUAGCCCUAGAGUGCAAGCUCUCAGGACCAUCUGGUUGGUCAGGACGAGACACCUCGGCUCUAGUCUGCAACAUGAGCCAUAUGCUAUACUUUGCUGCUUCUGUGAGUUCAACGAAAGUCGAAAAUGGAGAAAAAGAGGUCCAAACAGCCAUUUUGACCCACGUGGUAGUUCUAGUGUUAAAUAACCCGGUUUCUCACUUGCAAUGAGUAAACGACGAUAAUUAAUAUUUAAUUAAACAUUUAAAUAUUUUGGAUUUCUAUAUUCUGGAGGAUUUUUUAAGAAUAUUUAGAGAAGAUUUUUAUGAAGUGAAAGUAAUCGUACCACCGCGCAUCGCUGAUAAAUUAAUCUUUUUCGAAUAAAUAAUUUUUGGUAAUUUUACGGAAUUGAAUAAGAAAAAAGAAGUUUUACAUAUUCCGGAUUAUUGAACUUGCUUUUACGUUUAGAGGAUAGUACAGUAAUUUAUAAAAUUUAAUAAAGUAGUUUUUCCUUUUCUAAUACUCCCUCUUUUAAAAGGUAGUAAAAGGAAUUUAUUCAAUAUGUAUAUUACAAUUAUGUAAUUAAUUACAAAAUUCAUAUACAUCAAAAUCAUUCUUACUUUUGAAAAAUCACUGUAUGUACUUACAGCAAUAUUAUAUGUUGUAUAAUAUUUACGUUAAUAGUUCAUAUAUACUUUAUACAUUGUUAAAUUAAAAACAUUUUAUAUAAAGAUCUUAAAUUAAAACAGUUAAACAAUUAAAAUAAUUUAAUGAAUUA